GGCCAAGUGUAGUGCUGCUGUAGACUCUCCGGGUGCGCUAGUGAUUGCAACGUAUCUACGGUAGAAAGCGAAAGCGUCGUCCGAUAACUGGAUUCUGGGUGUGUUCUGAGCAAGAUGCGGCUGCUGCGGGCCACACUAGUGGCACUGUUUGUCGUCGGGAGUGAAGUUCUGGCCACGCCGGUUGCAGCGGUGGCCAUCGGCUGUUGUGGCGAUCGGGAUCGGGAUCGGAUCGAUCCGCUCAAAUCAGAGGACUCAUUCAGCGAUGACGUCAGCCGGACCAAGCGAAAAUUCAAACCGGAAGACAUGCAAGCCGCAAAUCUGGUCCUAAACCGGUCCCUGGAACAGCGCCAACAAACCGCGUCGGUGAAGCAAGCACGCCAAGCAAGCACGGACGACAACGACGGUGCAGAGAACGAGGUCGAUGAAGACGGCAGCGAGAACGGUCCCUUGGGAGAGGAUGGCAAAGUGACGCUGCAGAUCCCUGGUAAGCUGUUCGGAAAUGCCACAAAUCUGGUGCUGGCGGUUGCGAAAAUCUUUGGCGAUUUUCUCACGAACACCGCCAUCCGCUCGGCUCGAUUUCUGCAGCUCUUCCAGCCCUUGUUUGGUCGCAAUCUGUACAUCCAGAUACCGAGGACCACAACCGAGUCGAAUGAAGUUUGAGAUUCUUUUGCUUUUAAUGUAGCUGAAUACUUUAUUAUAGUUCAUCGAAUUUAUAUUUACAUAUUACCAUUAGCCUAGGCGCGCCGUUUAAGCAUUUGGUUGCAAUCGUUGGAUCUUUUUAUUUUAUAUAUUAUUUACGAUAUUUAAUAAAAUGAUCUACCUAGGUUCUAGGUUCGUCGUUAAAUGUUA